UUCCAAUACAUGUACUGUUAGUGCUGUUAAAGUGACGGAUACUCUCACUCCAAGCAAAGCCAUUCAACACUCUUGUCUUUGACUGACCAUUCAUUGUCUCCUAUUUGCCAUCGAUUGUCAACCAAAAGCCGUCGCUUUCACUUUGCGUCCAAAUCUUGUCGACUAUUCUUUGAAUCAAAUAAAGUAAUCGUAGUUUUAAGCCAUCGUUACGUUAACACAAUGAGAGGCGGAUCCACUAAAGCCGAGUUCAUUCGCUUGCCAUCGACGGUCACUCCAGUCAAUUACGAUAUCACUCUUCGGCCGAACCUCAAGAGUUUUACGUUCAGCGGUUCGCAAGCCGUGCGGGUUGUGGUCAACGAGAAGACCAAACAGAUUGUGCUCAACACUAACGAGAUUGACAUUAGUGUCGCCUCUUAUACGCCAGAAAAUGGCAAAACGUUGAGUUCCGAAAAGAUUGAAAACAACGCCGAAACCGAAGUGACGUCCAUUGAGUUCGCGGAGACGUUGAUCGCCGGACCGGGAGUUUUGAAACUCGAGUUCACGGGUACUCUGAACGACAAACUUAAGGGUUUCUAUCGAAGCAAAUACAUGAGUCCCGACGGACAGGAGGAACGGUAUGCGGCGGUCACUCAGUUCGAGGCGACCGACGCUCGCCGUGCGUUCCCGUGUUGGGACGAACCGGCGCUGAAGGCAACGUUUGACAUCACACUCGUUGUGCCCACCAAUCGGGUGGCGCUUUCAAACAUGAACGUCACGUCUGAGUCGGUGCUCAAAGACGACCCGUCGCUCAAAGAAGUGAAGUACGCGACCACUCCUGUGAUGUCCACAUAUUUGGUGGCAUUCGUUGUGGGAGAGUAUGACUACGUCGAGGGCAAGUCGGAGGACGGGGUAGACGUCCGGGUCUACACACCGCUGGGGAAGAAAGAUCAGGGAUUGUUUGCGCUCGAAGUGGCCGUCAAAACGCUGCCCUAUUAUAAAGACUACUUCAAUAUCCCGUAUCCGUUACCCAAAAUGGAUUUAAUAGCUUUGGCUGACUUCGCGUCCGGCGCUAUGGAAAACUGGGGUUUAGUCACCUAUAGAGAGACCUGUCUUCUAGUGGAUCCGCAAAAUACCUCAACGCGAACCAAACAAUACGUGGCACUAGUAGUUGCUCACGAGUUGGCCCAUCAAUGGUUUGGCAAUUUAGUGACAAUGGAGUGGUGGACUCAUCUGUGGUUGAAUGAAGGAUUUGCUUCAUUUGUCGAAUACCUUUGUGUCGACCAUCUGUUUAGUGAAUACCAUAUAUGGACUCAAUUUGUUUCCGACACAUUCACACCGGCCCUCGAAUUGGACGCACUCCACAACUCACACCCCAUUGAAGUACCCGUCGGUCACCCGUCAGAGAUUGACGAGAUAUUUGAUAAUAUAUCCUAUAAUAAAGGGUCGGCAGUCAUACGAAUGCUUCAUCGCUUUAUUGGUGACGAACUCUUCCGCAAAGGAAUGCAUUCAUAUUUGUCGAAACACUCGUAUAAAAAUACGUUAACCGAAGAUCUGUGGGCAUCACUACAAGAGGCCAGUAAUAAACCGGUUAGAGAUGUGAUGACCACAUGGACUAAACAGAAGGGAUAUCCCGUUAUAUCGGUGACAUCACGUCGUGAUGGAAAUUCACUGAUACUAACCUUAACUCAAAAUAAAUUCUGUGCCGACGGAAAAUUGCCCGCAUCUGAAGCGAACACCCUUUGGAUGAUUCCUAUAUCUGUGACCCGAGCUUCAGAUCCGACCAAAAUUGCGGUCGAAGUUCUAAUGGACACAAAGACUAUUGAUAUCGAGAUUCCGGACGUAUCGGCCAACGAAUGGAUCAAAUUGAACCCAAACUGUGUCGGCGUAUAUCGUGUCCACUAUUCCCAAGAGUUAUUGAACCUGUUGUUGCCGGCCGUCGCCAACAAAACACUUCCCCCAUUGGAUCGAUUGGGUCUUCAAAACGAUUUGUUCGCUUUGGUUAAGUCCGGACAGACAUCGACUGUUGAUAUUCUCAAACUGAUGGACUCGUUCGCCAAUGAAGAUGAUUAUACAGUUUACGAAGAUCUGUGGGCAUCACUACAAGAGGCCAGUAAUAAACCGGUUAGAGAUGUGAUGACCACAUGGACUAAACAGAAGGGAUAUCCCGUUAUAUCGGUGACAUCACGUCGUGAUGGAAAUUCACUGAUACUAACCUUAACUCAAAAUAAAUUCUGCGCCGACGGAAAACUGCCCGCAUCUGAAGCGAACACCCUUUGGAUGAUUCCUAUAUCUGUGACCCGAGCAUCAGAUCCGACCAAAAUUGCGGUCGAAGUUCUAAUGGACACAAAGACUAUUGAUAUCGAGAUUCCGAACGUUUCGGCCAACGAAUGGAUCAAAUUGAACCCAAACUGUGUCGGCGUAUAUCGUGUCCACUAUUCCCAAGAGUUGUUGAACCUGUUGUUGCCGGCCGUCGCCAACAAAACUCUUCCCCCAUUGGAUCGAUUGGGUCUUCAAAACGAUUUGUUCGCUUUGGUUAAGUCCGGACAGACAUCGACUGUUGAUAUUCUCAAACUGAUGGACUCGUUCGCCAAUGAAGAUGAUUAUACAGUUUGGACGUCAAUCAUCGACUGUCUCGGGCGACUCAAUCAACUCCUCUCUCACACCGAUGUGGAGACCAUUUUCCACGAGUUUGGCCGUCAAUUGUUGUCGAAGACAUAUUCAAGACUUGGAUGGGAACCGAUCAAAGGCGAGACCCAUAUGGACACAUUGCUCAGGAGUUUAGUGAUCACUCGUUUGGCUUCAUUCGAAGACCCGAUUGUGUUAUCUGAGGCCAAAAAGAUGUUUGACUCGCACUGCGGCGGCACUUAUACCAUAGCCGCUGAUAUCCGGGGAUCCGUUUAUCGUGCGGUUGCUCUCGACUGCAAUGAUAAAUCAUUUGAGACAUUAUUUAAGCUGUAUCGCGAGGCAGAGCUCCACGAAGAGAAGGAUCGGGUGUCCCGAGCGUUGGGAGCCGUCAAAGACGCCAAUCGUAUCGCUAAAGUACUUGACUUCGCGCUAUCCAGUGAAGUCCGAAAUCAGGACUCAGUGUUUGUGAUAAUAUCAGUGGCGCUCACGAAGAAUGGUCGGGACAUCGCGUGGGAGUUCUUCAAGAAGAACAAGGAUGAGCUCAGACGUCGAUACGAAGGCGGGUUUAUGGUCACAGCACUCGUCAAGCACAUCUCUCAGAACUUUGUUACGGAAGAAAGACUACAAGAAGUGGAGACAUUUUUCACCCAAAAUCCAUUCCCGGGAAGCGAACGCACUGUUCAACAAUCUCUGGAAACGAUUCGUCUCAACAUUGAUUGGUUGGCUCGCGAUCUGCCAUCCAUUCAAUCGUAUUUAACAAAACGCUCGUAA